CUGGGCCUGGGGGGUGGGGAGGUCCUACGGAGCGUCACACCGCCCUUAGCACCCUUAAGCGUAAGGGGGCCGUAUUGACCCCUAGAACUUAGAGGGCAGUACCCCAGGCCACAUCGCCCAAUAGAAAGGGCAUCCUCUCAAAGAGGGGAUUCCCCCCCCCCCCCCCCCCGUCCCUUGCACCGAAAUGGAGAGAUGGCCUCCAUUCGGAGAGUCUCCCAGGUUGGCGGUCCAACACGCUCGCCGGCUGCACCGGCCCCUCCCUAUAGGGGCCAAGGGUUCGCUUUGCCUCUCUUUCAAAGCUGGUGUCUUAUCUCAAAAACUUAGGCCCUCCCUUGUUACCCCCUGAGCGAGAUGGGGUGCCCAAGCUUGGGAGAGAAACCUCCCUGGGAAACCUGGGCCUGUGAAUCCUAGGUGGCUCUCUGGCCUCUAUGCUGUGUUGCGUGUCAGGGUCACAGACAGUGGGAUGCUCAGCUUUCCCCGGGCAGGCUGCCGCCCACAUUCAUACAUUCAGCACAUUUCGCCGUACCUUUUUCUCUGCCUCGCAGUGGGCCUAGGAUACGGCUGUGACCAACCUCAGGUCCUUACCUUCCUAGAGCCCAGAGUGUGUCAAGGGAGACAAUGGUGUAACCCUAGAAAUAAAUGACAGCCAGCUUUAUUCUUGGAUAGGGAGGGCCAGGAGAUGUGGGAGCUCAGGGCAGCUGCAUCUUGAAGGGGGCAGGGGGGAGGGGAGGAGAGGCUCCCUCGAGUCCUGAAAGCCAAGUAGGAGUUAGCCAGAUGAAGAGGUAGAAGAAAGUGGAUGUAUAUCUUUAGUGCUUUUCCACUUUUCAGCCUGGCAGAGACUUAAUAGACUUUCUGUUGUAUGUAGAAAUUGACAUAUCCCUCUGUUACACCCUCCCCCUUCCUUUUUAAAAAUUUUAUUUAUUUAGGAAAUCUCUACACCCAAAAUGGGGCUCAGACUGACAGCCUGGUGUCAAGAGUCGCUUGCUCCUGCAACUGAGCCAACCAGGCACCCCUGUUUUACUCCUUUUUAAAUGCACUUUACAACGUGUCAGUUGCUAUAAAGGCAUUACGGUAUUUGAGCUAUGAAGAUAUAAAAAAAGGAAAUUGCUUGUGAGGUUCCAUUUGAGAGAGAUCUCUGCUGGAAUCCAUGUCGUUCCUUAUGUUGAAAUGUGUUUUCAUGACCAUUAUCAAAGAUUGUGUUCCCUUUCUGAGCUGAGAACCACCAAUGCUCCUAUUUACAAGAUCAUUCAACAAAUAUCACCUGCCCACUACCAGUGGAGGUUUUUGAUGGGUUAAAAACUAAUAUUUAUAUAAGACAGAAGAGAAAGAUGUCAUUCCGUAAAGUAAACAUCAUCGUCCUGGUCCUGGUUGUUGUUCUCUUCCUACUGGUUUUGCACCAUAACUUUCUCGGCCUGAGCAGUUUGCUAAGGAAUGAGGUUUCAGAUUCAGGAAUUGUGGGGUUUCAGCCCAUAGACUUUGUCCCAAAUGUUCCCCGACAAGCUGUAGACGGGAGACAAGAGGAGAUUCCUGUGGUCAUCGCUGCAUCUGAAGAUAGGCUCGGGGGGGCCAUUGCAGCCAUAAACAGCAUUCAGCACAACACUCGCUCCAAUGUGAUGUUUUACAUUGUUACGCUCAAUGGUACAGCAGACCAUCUCCGGUCCUGGCUCAGCAGCAGUACCUUGAAAAGCAUCAGGUACAAAAUUGUGGAUUUUGACACUAAACUUUUGGAAGGGAAAGUCAAGGAGGAUCCUGACCAGGGGGAAUCCAUAAAACCAUUAACCUUUGCAAGGUUCUACUUGCCGAUUCUGGUUCCCAGUGCAAAGAAGGCCAUAUAUAUGGAUGAUGAUGUAAUUGUGCAAGGGGAUAUUCUUACCCUUUACAAUACACCACUGAAGCCAGGGCAUGCAGCUGCAUUUUCAGAAGAUUGUGACUCAGCCUCUACCAAAGUUGUCAUCCGUGGAGCAGGGAACCAGUAUAAUUACAUUGGCUAUCUUGACUAUAAAAAAGAAAGAAUUCGUAAACUUUCCAUGAAAGCCAGCACCUGCUCAUUUAAUCCUGGAGUUUUUGUUGCAAACUUGACAGAAUGGAAAAGACAGAAUAUAACCAACCAGCUGGAAAAAUGGAUGAAACUCAAUGUAGAAGAGGGACUGUACAGCAGAACACUGGCUGGCAGCACCACAACACCACCUCUGUUGAUCGUAUUUUAUCAACAGCACUCUACAAUUGACCCCAUGUGGAAUGUCCGCCACCUCGGUUCCAGUGCUGGAAAACGAUAUUCACCCCAGUUUGUAAAGGCUGCCAAGUUACUUCAUUGGAAUGGUCACUUUAAGCCAUGGGGAAGAACUGCUUCCUAUUCUGAUGUCUGGGAAAAAUGGUAUAUUCCAGACCCCACAGGCAAAUUCAGCCUAAUCCGAAGACAUAUGGAGAUCUCAAAUACAAAAUAAAACAUAAUUUAUGCUAUAAGCAUUUCUCAGGAAAUCCUGGAAGACAGUAUGUGUGGGAAUUAACAGUUGCAAGGCUUCAAUGCCUAUCUGCAGCAACCCAUGGAAAGAGGGACAUUUCAGCUGGGUAAAGAGGAUGAACUACCCUGUUUAGCAGUCAGCUUCCCAGAUAGGCUAUAAAUGUCUCCAUCUGCCUUACCAAAUGUUUGCUUACUGCCAUACUGAAGGACUGACAGGGAUGGUACGGCUAGUUCAACACUACUGCUUGGUUUUAAUUUUGUAAUAUUAACCUGUGGUCUGAUCUGUUAAUAAAGUGAAACCUACAUUUUUCAA